AUGCGCGCCGCCACCAUCCUCGCCUUUCUGCACGGCGUCUCUCUGGGCGUGCUCUGGGAGUGCGCCUCGAUGGCGGUCCUCAUCGCCGCCUCGAUCGUCGAGUACAGCCUCGGCACCCUCUCGAUGGCGGUGGUGUUUGUGGGCAUCGCCUGCGGCGCGUUCGCCUGCGCGCGGCAGGCGCAGCUCGCCCGGCCGCUGCUGAGCAUCCUCGCCUUCCGGCUGAGCGCCCAGUGCGCGAUGACGUUUGGCACCGGAUCGGUGCUCCUAGCGACGCUCCUGCACGACACGCCGGCCUGCACCUCGUCGACGAUCCGUUCGAGCGCGUGGCGGGCGCCGCUCGUGCCGCUGCUGCGCGGCGUGCUGCCGCCGCGCCUGCUGCGCCGCAUCUUCGGCGUCGUGCCGCCGCGCGCGCCUCCCUUCCUCCGCCUGCUCGCCGCGGUGCUCUCCCACGAGUGGCUCGGCUGGGCGUUUGCUCUGCCCGGCACCAUCUCCUUCCGCCCCUCGCCACACAUGCGCGGAGGCAGCCUCGCCACCGGCGGCGGCGGAGGCGAGGGCGGCUGGCUCGCCGUGCGCGAGCUCGCCGGCGUGUACACGUACGGCUGCUACGACAGCGUCCACGCCGACCGCGCGUACAUCUUCCGUUACAAGGCCUUUUGGAUCCGCCCCGCCGCCGCCGACCUGCUGCACACCUCUGGCUCCCUCCUGCUCAAGAUGGUCCUGAUGCACGCGUACGCCGCCCUCUUCAUGCUCCUCGCGCAGCCUAACCACAGGGACGCCUUCGCCGCCGAGCUGCGCCGCCGCGUCGACCGCGUACGGCGGAGGGUGGCGCCCCGUCCGCCCGUCCGCCGCAUCGCGAUCGAGCCCGGCGACGUCUGCGCCUUUUGCCACGAGGAGCUGCUGCAGCCUCCGCCACGCGAGAUCUCUGCCGAGGUCCACUCGCACCGCGGCACCAGCACACCGGGGCUGCAGCGACUGGCGCUCAGGGCGUGGUGA